AUGCUUGGCACAGAUGCAAUGUGCAACGGUGGAGUCGUUGACCUGCAUGACAAGGACAGCCUGUUCAAGGCCUUUGAGGAGUCUAAACUGCUGAUGCAGGAUAGAGUCUUGUGGCAAGCGAUUCGGCGCUUCCAGGCUGACCUUGAUGUCAUGCUCACCACCGACUACUUGCCCCCAUUCGUCGAUAACACCCGAAUCUCGCAGCUUCGUGCUGUAAUGCUUACUGUAAGAUUCAGUCCGACAUGGUGCUGCAGGUCGAGCGAAUACUAUUCCUGGAGAAGUUCGCACGGCGCAUGUGCAACAACCUGGAGCAUGACUGUGAACCUGAACCACUCCGUGAGACUGAACAUGCAGAGGUUGUACGAGUCAUUACGAGUCGUUGAUGCAGAUGCCAGUCACUGUGACUGCCGCGCUGUCCGAGGGCAGCAUGCCUUCAUGGCAAACUGUUCCGGCUCGAUCCAGUACGAGAGGAUAUCCAGAAUAGCAUGCGAUCAAGCCUGA